AUGCCAUACAAUAAUGGCACCAGGAUAAACCAUUUCUUCAUCACUGGAUUUCCGGGACUCUCUGCUCAAUACUAUGCACCUGUGUCACUGAUGCUUUUUAUUGUCUUCUUGGGUAUAGCUUUUGGCAAUAUAUUUAUUCUAGUACUUGUCAAAUGUGAACGUUCUCUUCAUAAACCCACUUACUUGAUAUUCGGUCAUCUGGCGUUGACUGAUUUAGCAUUUGGAACUGUGACACUCCCUAAAAUUAUUUCCAAAUACUGGUUCAAUGAUAGCUUGAUACCAUUUCAUAGCUGUUUUGUCCAAAUGUUUUUUGUCCAUUUUUUAGCAUCAGCUCACUCCUUUAUUCUACUGGUCAUGGCCUUAGAUCGAUUUUUAGCUAUUUCCUUUCCUCUACGUUAUCCUAGUGCUUUCACAAACAAUACCGCAUCUAUUCUGUGUGGACUAUCUUGGCUUCUUGCAAUGUCUUUUAUGAUUUUUAUAGUCCUAAAUGCUCUUACAUUGCCAUAUUGUAACUCAAAUAUUAUUUAUCAGUGUUAUUGUGACCACUAUACCAUCACUAAAUUAAGCUGUGACCCAAUGCAGCAUGUACAAACGAUUUCUACAAGUGGGGCCAUGUUUUUCUUGUUAGUGCCGUUGACUUUCAUUAUCUCUUCCUAUUUUGCUAUAAUUGUGGCCAUCAUGAGGAUUUCUACCCAUGAAGGUCGUAUGAGGACUUUUUCAACCUGCACUCCACAGCUUCUUAUCACAUUAUUGUAUUACACGCCAAGGUGUUUUGUGUACUUGACAGAUUAUGUAGGCUUUGGCUUAAGCCUUCCAAAUCGCAUUGUAGUUGUCAUGCUCUAUAGUCUGAUACCUGCAGCAGUGAAUCCAUUGAUAUACUGCUUUAAAACAAAGGAUAUCAAAGAAUGUUUGAGUAAAAGAUAUAAGAUGGCAAAAGUUUAUAUUGAUUUAAAAGUGUUUACGGACAAGAGCUCAAUCAGUUUCAGAAAACAGAAAUCAACAAUUGAUCAUUAG